GCGUCUCACCUAUCGUGGGGAAGGGGUGAUCGGGCGUGAGUUCGGGGUCCACGGAAGUGUCUUCCUGGUGUCCACGUACCUUUAGCUGCCAGGUCCGUUCCGCGAACAUGGAGCUGCUGCUGUCCGCUGCCGUUCUUGUGGGGUUGUUCCUGCUGUGGAUCCGAGUCAAAGGUCUUGACUACGUGAUCGUCCACCAGCGCUGGAUCUUCGUCUGCCUCUUCCUGCUGCCCCUCUCCGUCAUCUUUGAUGUCUACUACUAUGUCCGUGCGUGGAUCAUCUUCAAGAUGUGCUCUGCUCCCAAGCUCCACGACCAGCGCGUGCGAGACGUCCAGAGACAGGUGAGAGAGUGGAGGAAGGAGGGGUCCAAGUCCCACAUGUGCACAGGUCGCCCUGGCUGGCUGACUGUGUCACUACGAGUGGGCAAGUACAAGAAAACCCACAAGAACAUCAUGAUCAACAUGAUGGACAUUCUUGGGGUGGACACUCAGAGGCAGGUGGUGAGAGUGGAACCUCUGGCCAACAUGGGUCAGGUGACUGCCCUUCUGAACUCUAUUGGCUGGACUCUUCCGGUGCUCCCCGAGCUGGACGACCUCACUGUGGGCGGUCUGGUGAUGGGAACAGGCAUCGAGUCCUCCUCUCAUAUUUAUGGGCUUUUCCAGCACAUCUGCGUCUCCUAUGAGCUGGUUCUGGCCGACGGCAGCUUAGUCCGCUGCUCCGAGGAAGAGAACUCGGACCUCUUCCAUGCCGUGCCCUGGUCCUGUGGAACCCUGGGCUUCCUUGUGGCAGCCGAGAUCAAGAUCGUUCCGGCUAAGUCCUGGGUGAAGCUGCGGUACGAGCCUGUCAGAGGACUGGAGAACAUCUGCAAACGCUUCACGGAAGCUUCACAAAACAAGGAGAACACAUUUGUGGAAGGUAUCCAGUAUUCUCUUGACUCGGCGGUCAUCAUGACAGGAACCAUGGAGGACCACGCUGAGCCAGAGAAGAUUAACAAGAUUGGCCUACACUUCAAACCCUGGUUCUUCAGACAUGUGGAAGGCUUCUUAAAAACUGGGUGCACUGGAGUGGAGUACAUCCCGCUCCGACAUUACUACCACAGACACACGCGCAGCAUCUUCUGGGAGCUCCAGGACAUCAUUCCCUUUGGCAACAACCCAGUGUUCCGCUGGAUUUUUGGCUGGAUGGUUCCACCUAAGAUAUCGCUGUUGAAGCUGACCCAGGGAGAAACCAUCAGGAAGCUGUACGAGCAGCAUCACGUGGUCCAGGACAUGCUGGUGCCCAUGAAGAAUCUGCAGGCUGCCAUCACCAGAUUUCACCAGGAUAUUGAGGUUUACCCGCUGUGGUUGUGUCCGUUCAUAUUGCCACCCGGCAGAGGCAUGGUUCAUCCUAAAGGUCAAGAAGCCGAGUUGUACGUAGAUAUCGGCGCUUAUGGAGAACCUAAAGUCAAGCACUUUGAAGCGAGAGUGUCCUGUCGUCGCCUGGAGAAGUUUGUCCGAGAUGUGCACGGGUUCCAGAUGUUGUAUGCAGAUGUGUACAUGGAUCGUGAUGAGUUCUGGGAGAUGUUUGAUGGGGAGCUGUAUCACAGAUUGAGGAAAGAACUGUGUUGUCACGAGGCCUUCCCAGAGGUCUACGACAAGAUCUGUAAAUCUGCUAGACACUGACCUUCUGGACACUUAAGCAGGUGAUGGGUCCAAAAACAUGAUCAUGACCUGUGGCCCAAUAUUAUAUUUUUACUAAAUAAAAAAAAUGCUUAUU